AAACUUAAGUGAAUGAAUUUAUUGAAAAAUCUAAAAAAAAAAAUUCUCCAAUUUGAUGAAGCCAUUUGGUACUAUCACGGUUUCUAAAACUUGGUGUAACUUUCAUUAACCGGUACAACCCACCUCCACCAAUAUAAUUAUCUAUAUCUGAUCCAAUCCAAUCAUCCUCGGUAUUGUCAUGGACUCGUGGGAAUAUAAAAUAUGCCUUGACUUUGUUCACGACUUGACUCAAUGAAUAGAUUAAAGCUUUGCAUUUUCCUUCAUAGGGAACUUAUCCAACAAAGCUUUGUCUUAGUUCAUAAAUUCCCAUUCCAUAAAAACCAACAAAUCAUAUUGAUAACCAAAGCUGUCCCGCAAAUUUUAAGCUAGAUCAGUUUCUUUUAUAUUUCAAAUUUCAAUGGCUCAACGUUCAUGGUCUGACCUGCCCCGAGUUCUCAUCGAUCGUAUAUUUAGACGCCACAUGAAAAUAGGGGGGAAGGGGAUAGAGCCAAAGGAUCUUGCAAGAUGUAGCCGUGUCUGUACUACUUGGAGAAGCGUUAUUGCUGAUAUUUGGGGCAAGAAUUUAUCUUUGUUGAGUUCACCACAUAGGCCGAUUCAUAUGAGAAUUCUAGCUGAGUACCAGAAUUUCCAGAGAGAUCCUCCAGAAGGUUGCAAAGUUAUGUUUGUUGAUAGUCUCUUCCAUUGGGAAGCAAUCAUGAUUGGUCCCCAAAGUAGCCCUUAUGCUGGUGGAGUCUUUCUCUUAGACAUCCAUUUCUCUGAUGAACACCCAUUCAAAGCUCCCAAAGUCACGUUCCAAACCAAGGUUUUUCACCCGAACAUUAACCAGCAAGGCGGGUUAUGUCUUGAGACAUCAUGGUGCCCAAUAACGACCAUUUUACACGUUCUCCUAGUAAUCUAUGCUCGCUUCAAUGACCCUGAUCCUGAUGACCCUAUUGAUUUUGAGAUUGCUCACAUAUAUAAGACUCAAAGAACUCAAUAUGAAGAAAGAGCAAGAGUUUGGACCAAGAAAUUUGCCACUGCAAGCCAGAUAAGCGCAAUAGAUUGGUCAUACUUUCUCAAGAAGCAUAAAAUUGGGGAGACACCAAUGUAGGUGUACAAACAAAAAUUAGAAGAAUGAAACUUUGUGCCCAAAGAAAAGUUGCAAAUUGACUCGGUUAUGUGGUUGUGGUGAUUUUUAAUUGAUUAAUCUCCUUGGCAAAUAUUGCCUAAUUAGUUUGGUGUUUUAUAAAAUUAGGCAGUUGGACAUCAAAUAUGUUUUUUGCGUGUAUCUUCUUCGAGAAUUCUAUCAUAGGGAUUAACAAAGCCAAUGUUGGUUUUCAUAUUCUAAAA